AUGAAAAAUCUGUUAGUUCAGCAUUACAAUCACCUUCUAAGACUAAUUUCCAUUUUUCAAAAUUUCUUUUGUCGUUCUAAUGCUUCAUUCCUUACCAGCGUUGUUGUCGCGUUACCAAUUUCCAGUAAAUUACCCGAGUAUUUCCGCGGCACUGGGUGCUGCUCACCUGAAACUGAGAACGAUAGCUCCUUUCAAUACGCUUUCAAUAUUCAAGACGGUCAGACAGCAUUUGACUGGUGGUCGAAGUACCCAGUUCUGUCGGAGAAUUUCAAUACGUUCAUGACUGAAGUAGGUGGCGCAAGAUCUCACUGGGUAAAUUGGUUACCUGUGCAGGAAGUUCGUCUAAAUGAAGAGAAAGAGACUAUGGUUCAGCAAAUAUUGAUGGUUGAUAUUAGUGGUGGAAAAGGUCAUGACCUAACAGCAUUCAUUAAAAUGUACCCUGAAGCCACCAGACGUUUUGUAUUAGAGGAUUUGCCCCAUGUAAUUGAUGAUCACGACCCCGCGGAGGGCCAUGAUAGCAUUGAACUAGUUAAAUGCGAUAUGCGACACGAGCAGCCAAUUUACCUGUAUCGCAUUCACUAUGUUCUUCAUACCUGGUCAGACAAGGCUGUUGUUGGAAUACUUUCCAAGAUUGCAUUAGCUAUGACUCCACCUUACUCCCACAUGUUAAUUGUCGAAAAUUGUCUUCCAGAGACUCAAUGUCCAACACGCAAGGCGGAUAUGGACUGAUGGAUGAUGGCUAUUCAUUGUGGAUCUCAGCGCACCGUGGGCCAGUUUGAAAAUAUCUGCGCCGUGU